CGCACUGAGUCUCAGUCUGAGCAGACGCGCGCGCACAGGAUCAAGGACAGAAAGACCAGACGCGACGCGACGAGCUGAGCUUCAAGGCGAAUAAAAUAAAAUAAAAUAAAACUCCGACAGUAUGAAAUCCGGCUCCCAGCUGCUCAGCCUGCUGCUGUUCGUGUUCAGCAGCCUGCGCGUGGACGAGCUGGAGGCUUGCUCGUGCGCGCUCACGCACCCGCAGGACGCCUUCUGUAACUCCGAUAUCGUGAUCCGUGCCAAAGUGGUGGGGAAGAAGUUGCUGAAGGAUGGCCCGUUUGGCACCAUGCGCUACACAGUCAAGCAGACGAAGAUGUACAAAGGCUUCGACAAAAUUCAGCAUGUCCAGCACAUUUACACAGAUGCUUCAGAGAGUCUGUGUGGGGUCAAGUUUGACAUUAACAAAUACCAGUACUUGAUUACAGGUCGUGUGUACGAUGGAAAGGUUUAUACAGGGCUCUGUAACUUUAACGAGAGGUGGGAACGUCUGUCUCUCGCUCAGAAAAAAGGAAUGAACCAUCGCUACCAGCUGGGCUGCAACUGCAGGAUUAAGCCUUGCCACUUUCUGCCCUGCUUCGUGACCUCGAAGAACGAGUGCCUGUGGACAGACAUGUUGUCACACUUCGGCUAUCCUGGCUACCAGUCCCGGCACUACGCCUGCAUCCAGCAGAAAGAGGGCUACUGCAGCUGGUACCGGGGCAUGAUCUCACGAGACAAAACCAACAUGAACACCACAGAUCCCUGAAAUAUCCCAACAGUCUCUUGGGUGUGUUUUGUUUUGUUUAUUUUUUUACAAAUCCUUUUUUCUUCUAUUACCCAUCAAACCAAUUAUUGUUUCCUGCUGCAAAAGUUUUCCUUUCCUUGUUUCCAGAAUAAUUCAGAUCGUGCCGAAUGACCGUUUCAUUGAUGCCUGUGGUAGCACUUUAGACAUAAACAAUACCUGCGUUUUAACACGGACUAUUUUUAAAGCUGUGGCCCAGUCAGUCUGCGCUCUGCUGUCCACCAAGACGCUCACUGAGCAGUUCAAUGCCCUCCGAGGAUCCCUCUCUCAGAGGGAGAGAAGAAAUGAAUCGGGGUAAACAACAGGGUUCAGUGAUGAUUUUAUUAUCAGAACUAGUAAUUAGAAUUUGUGUCAAGUGUUGCGCAUAAUGUAUCAGGUAUAGACAAACAUCCAUAAAAUCCGAUCACUAUGCAUUUGUUUAUUAUCGGUGCCUUCAAAUGGGGUCGUGUUCACGAAGAGUCCACGUGAACGCCCUCCUCUUGUGGUAUUCACGACUUUGGAAGUUUUUUCCACGACUCAAAGCUCCAAGUUCAUGAGAUGUGAUGCGUUUGCAGACCUCUUCAGAAGUUUCAGACUCGUGGAAAUGCAUUUUUCAGUGGAUAAGUAAAUCUAUUGUAAUUUCAGGCAUUUAAUACAAUGACUACUUUGUAAUUUUAUAAUGCAUCUGAGGAAAAUGUUUAUUCCCAACAGCAUUAUCUGCUCAUCAGCCUGUUAAAUUGUUCACAUCAAUUAACACUUGGGUGUUUCAAGACGGCGUUGCCUAGCAACAGCAUCUCAUGACGACUUGCCACUUGAACGCCAAGUGUUUUUUGUCUACGUGACUUCGGAUGUUGUUAUCACAAGUUCACGAGUUCCAUUUGAAGGCAGCAUGUACUCAAAGGCAUAAUCCCCCCCCCAAUAGCAGCACAGUCCUAUUGCUGCAACACCAUAUUCCCUUUCUAGACAUCUUUUAAGAUUAAGUUCAGAACCAAGUUGAUGACCCUUUUGAUACCGGGAUGAAAACAGCUAAUUGAAUUGUAGAAUUUUUUUUUUUUUUUUUUAAAUCCCUGGCAAUUUGUGCCUCGGUCGUCAGUUUCUUUUGAGAAUGCACUCAAAAAGCUUUCUAAACUGCUGCCUCGUUAUCGAUCAGAACAUUUGGACACUUCCAUCACUCCAAUAUAAAGCAAUAAGUGUUACUGUGAAAAGGUUGGGUGCCAUACACAGCAUCACUUAACACAGCACAUGUAGAGACGAUGCGCCAUGAUGUACGGUGCCGUACUUGCAGUUCAAUCCAGUCAGAGGACGACAGUGUUGGUGUAAUUUGUGAAAGCAAUACUGGUCCUCGUUCAGAAAAAGUGUUCUUUUUUUUUUUUUAUUAUUUAGAAUGAGAUGAAUGAAUAACUGUAUAGAUCCACCAUGUAUGCUGUAUAAUAUCUAUUUAUAAGUGAUCCUUUUGCCUGAAUCCUGCUUCCUUCUCUAGUUGAUUGACUUUCCUCAUAUAAUCUUCUGCAUUCAAAGUUUUCAGUCGCAUAGUAAUAAGAGUUAUGUAUAUUUUUUACAAAACAGAAAAACCCAACUGCAUAGCACACUUUGUGGGGAACAUUUAUUUUCAUGAUCAGAGUACUUAGUUUAUUUUUUAUUCCUUUCUCGUGCUCUUUAUGGUAUAAGCUAAGAAACGAUGACCUGACUAAAACCUCUGUUACAUUUUUGCGAGUGUUAGUACAUUUAAACUGACGGAGUUAGCGCUCCAGAUUAACCUGAUCUAACACACAAUCAGCUCUGUGCCUGCACUGAUUUGUAUUCAUGACUGAGCUUAAUCUGGACGGAGAAACCGCCUCAUAGUGUGUUCCAAGAAAAGGCUACAAAUUCCUGUGCAAAUCCUAGAACCAAAAGUCAAAUCUGUGCCAGGAGUUGCUUGGCGUUUUCUGUCAAAAGUACAUUUGUAUCAUGAUGUUAUUAGUGUUCAUUUGAUGGUACUACUUCUGUGCUGAGAAAUGAGCUGGCUGGUACUAACACUUUUUUUUGGUCCCCCCCCCCCCCCACCUUCUCCUUUGGUCACCAUAUAAACAGGUUUUAGUUUUGGUAUUAGUUAUGGAGAAAAUAUUUCUGUAAAGAUAUUGACCGUUGAAAUGGACAGCUGCAUUAUUGAUUUGUUACUAAGUCGUUGUGUUUUUUGUUUUUUUUUCUCUCUCAUAUUCACAGUAUUGACUAUCUUCAGUUCAUUCCUCUAUACAAGACUAAGAUGUCUCUGGUAGAUGAAAUGGCAGAAAACAAUUCAGUCAUUAACCUACACUUCCAAUUAAUGUCAUUAAGAACUGUACAGGAGGCGUAUAACCUCCAGGAUAAUCAAACUGAUCCAUGGUGUUCAAGAUUAUUUGUACUUUUAGCAGACAUGCUACCGAUGUGGUUUAAGACAAAAUACACCUUAUUUAUUUUAAUAAUUAGUCAUAUCAAACCCUCCCUCCAUCCAAACAAAAAAAAGGCAUCUUGGUCUCAAUCACUUUAUGCUUGUGUAAAAUACUGUCUGGUUUUACACACCUUGCCGUCAAUCAUGUCUUGAAUACAAUUAAUAGAAUAUUCGAGACUUUUUGUGUGUCUGUGUGUACACUGAUUUGUGAGGGGAAAUGUCUUUCUUGUAGGAUCUUACAGAAAUGUUAUGAUUUUUAAUUUCUUUUUUAUAUUUUUAUAAUAAAGAUUUAAUGAAAAUUGCAUUUGUGACCAUGUCCUAUUUAACAAAAUGUAUGUUUAUACUUUUAAAAAAAAAAGCGAAUGCCUGCCUAAGUUUGGGCAGAGUGUAUGUAUAUUAUAUCAGAUUCUACGUCUAAAUAAAAAAACAAAAUCAA